AUGACCUGGUCUAGGGACAAUAUCAUUGCCAUUCUUGCUCUUUUCGCAACCUGUACGCCCAUUUUUGUACUAGUCGCCACAGCUCUACUGCACUUCAGGCGCCAGCGCGUAAAGAAGCAGGCUCGGGCGAACAUUGAACAACCAUCACCAAUACAGUGUCCGCAAAAUCUGCACCGUGGGCCAAUUCGAAGAGAGUCUGCGCUUAUGGCACUGAUCCUCGUGCAACGAGAGGUGUACUUCGCGAAUUGCUAA